CGGGGUCCCCGGCCUCUCCAAUAUGGCGGCGCCCAGCGGAGUCCGCACCUGCGAGGACUUUGCCGAGUUCCAGGAAUUGCUCAGGGUGAUGCGGACAAUUGAUGACAGAAUAGUCCAUGAAUUAAACACUACGCUUCCAACAGCUUCCUUUGCAGGGAAAGUCGACGCCAACCAAACCUGUAAAGAGCUCUACCAGUCUCUGAGGGAGGCUCAUGCCAGCAGAGAGAAAAUAAUCAAAAACUGUAUUGCUCAGACUUCCAAUGUAGUAAAAAUUCUCCGAGAAGAGAGAGAGAAGGCCCAGGAUGAUGUAGCAUUAUUAAAACAGCUCAGGCAAGAGCAGACGAAGUUGAAGCUGAUGCAGUCUGAGUUGAAUGUGGAAGAAGUAGUAAAUGACAGAAGCUGGAAGGUAUUUAACGAGCGCUGCAGAAUUCACUACAAGCCUCCAAAGAACCAGUGAUACAAGGGUGCUUCCCCUGAAGUUGUUCUACAAUCAUGAGAGCAAAGCUGAAGAGACAUGGGGCAAGCUGUGAGGGACCUUUCCAGAACAGGAGAACCCAGUCUCAUUUUGUUUUCAGACUCAUCUAAUUAAAAUCUGUCAUUCAGCUGAUUCUCCUAAUUAAGAGAAACCAACUCCUAUUUUGUACAAAAUGUGAAAAACCUAAUACAUUUUAUAACUAUUAAAAAAUUUCAGAUGGAAUGAGAUACUGCCACUUUCCUGAGAGCCCCAACCCACAGCAGCUCUAGAAGGGGAAGAGAUAAGAGAAUUGCUCCCUUUGUUGUGCACCAGGAAGAUCUUCCUGUAUUACUGGUUUCACCUUUAGCAUGGUGGAUAAAUCUAGUCUACCCUUGAGUGUGACCUGACAUGGUCAGAAAAAUAUAAACUUUAUAGUUUGAAUGAGUUUAGUGCUUAUGAAAGUAGGAAACUAACGGCUUUGUCUUGAACCAUUUACCACAGGCGAUAGUACUGUAAGACACAGCUUUGCCAGUACACUUCAGUCCUGACCUAUAUACAAUUCCUUGCCUCCUGAACCUGGAUCUAUAAUAUCUCCUAAUGCAGUUCUGGGGUUCUCUUUGAGCAGACAUUGCUAAAUGGAAUAAACUGCAUGAUGGCUUUGUGAUGGGGACAGGAAUGAGACACCCAA